AGUACGCAUGUACACUGUAAACAGACGGCAACGUAAAAAUAUAUUUUUUAGUGCAAAAAUUACACGGUCUUAAUCCAAAGUGGGUGGCAUGUCCGGACGGGCGUCCAUGGCGGUUGUACCGCUGCUGGUGCUUCUCGUGAGUGCCGGCGGUGCCCAAAAAGUGCCGAAUUACGCGGCCAAUCGGACAACGAUGGUCCAUCUCUUCGAGUGGAAGUGGAACGAUAUAGCGAACGAGUGCGAGAACUUUCUCGGGCCCAAGGGCUUUGCUGGUGUGCAGGUCUCACCGGUCCAGGAAAACGUGAUAAUAAAGGGCCGCCCGUGGUACGAGCGCUACCAGCCCAUCAGUUACUUGAUGGAGACGCGCUCGGGCACGGAAGCCGAGUUCCGGGGUAUGGUCGAGCGGUGCAACCGCGUGGGCGUCCGCAUCUACGUGGACGUGCUCCUGAACCACAUGAGCGCCGAUCACGAGGACGCGACCGGCACAGCCGGCUCCCCGGCCCGGCCGCACGAGCGCCACUACCCCGCCGUGCCCUACUCCCGCGAGCACUUUCACGACACUUGUUCCAUCAACGAUUACGGGAACGUCCACGAGGUGCGCAACUGCGAGCUCGUCGGGCUACACGACCUCGACCAGAGGCACCCCCACGUGCGCGCCAAACAGCUCGAGUUCCUCAACCGAGUCAUCGGCGCCGGGGUCGCCGGUUUCCGGGUCGACGCAGCCAAGCACAUGUGGCCGAACGACUUGAAGUACAUUUACUCGAGCACGCGCGAGCUCAACACGAGUCACAGCUUCCCGGAGAACGGCCGUGCGUUUUUCUUCCAAGAGGUGAUAGAUUACGGCGGCGAGGGGAUCAAGAACCACGAGUACAGCGACCUCGGGGUGGUUACCGAGUUCCGUUACGGUCACGAGCUGAGCAACGCCAUGAUCGGCAACAACCAGCUCAAAUGGCUGGUGAGUUGGGGCCAGGACUGGGGGUUCAUGCCCCCGGGCGACGCGCUCGUCUUCAUCGACAACCACGACACGCAGCGUUCCGGCAACGAGAUACCCCUGACCUACCAACGCUCCCGGCUCUACAAGAUGUCCGUGGCCUUCAUGCUGGCCCACCCGUACGGCUGGCCGCGGAUCAUGAGCUCGUUCGACCUAUCCGGCCCCCUCAGCCCACCUACCACCUCACCCAACAUACGCCCCGACGGCAGCUGCUCCGGGCCCUGGAUCUGCGAGCACCGCUGGCGGCAGAUCUACAACAUGGUCGGGUUUCGCAAUCGCGUGGCCAACGCGGACUUGAACUCCUGGUGGGACAACGGCUCCAACCAGAUCAGCUUCUGCAGGGGCGACCGGGGCUUCUUGGCUAUAAACGGUGAGAAGGACGCCGUGCUGAGCCAGAGGUUGAAGGUGUGUGUGGCUAAGGGUACGUACUGCGACGUUAUCUCGGGUGAGCUGCGUGAUGGCCGUUGUACCGGAAAGUCCAUCAAAGUCGAUGAAAAUGGCACAGCCCACAUACAGAUCCGACCAAGGGACGAGGACGGUGUCGUUGCCAUCCACGUUGGGGAGAAUGAUGAUGUAGUAUCGAACAAUUUAAUUCAUGCUUUUGUAGUACUUUGA